AUGAAUUAAGUCGAUAAUUUGCUGAAGCUAUCUUUAACUAAUAAGAAAUCUUAACUAUUAGAGAAUAACUCAAACGCUGAAGUUUUAAAUUAAUGGGAAUAGAAAUUAUUGCAAAAAGAAUAAUAAUUAAUAUAAAAGGAAAAGAAGUUGAAAGAAAAAGAGAAUUAAUUAUCAUAAAAGGAGGACUUAUUAGUUAAAAAGGAAUUAGAUUUAAACGAGAGAAUGAUGAAAUAUUCUGGUAUUUUAGAGUAGAUUAUUGCCCAGAAAUAAACAAAAUCAGAUGCUUCAUUAUUACCAUUAAACUCUAACGAUAGAUCUUAUAGAAACAAAAAUAUCAAUGAAUACCAAAACAGAGUUAUAAACUUAUUAAACACUAUAAGAAGUAAUAGUUAAUAGUAGCAAUAAUUGAUCCAUUAACAAUCCUACAUGGGAAGUACUUUAGAAUUAACUGAUGAUAGAUUCAAUAAGAGUUCCAAGGGGUUUUUAUUAUUAUGA